AUGGAUUCUCCUUGUUACAGGAGGAGCGAGUUUCUAGGAUGUAUCUCGUUCCCAUUAAAAGAUGUUAUUAAAAGUGACAUAUCUGGCACGUACUUCCUACAGUCGUCAGGUCGAGGUCAGGCGCAUGACGCAUGUCGCGUGACUGAGGAUCGCCGCAAAAUGGCUACGGACAAUACAGAGACAAGCACAAAUGACGCUAAAGAGAAUACUGAUAAAGGUGUUGCAAACGGUCCAUCCGCAAGUCAGGCACAGGUGGCAGCCGCGUUACAAAGAGAGGCCGAUGAGCACCUCUUCCUACGAUACCUGGAGUUGGACCCUCCUGAAGACCCAGCAGCACCCAGACGGGCACAGAGAAAUGGAAGGACACCAUUUACGACGACUAGAAAAUUGUCUCGUGGUUCAGCGGGUGGCUUUGGUUUCACCGUGGUGUGGACGAGGCCUCCAAAAAUCGAGAGGGUCGCGGCUGGAGGAUCAGCAGAACGAGCGGGUCUCAAAGCAGGGGAUUACAUCGUAUUUGUUGGUAACAAAAAUGUUGUGACGGCGUCCGAAGAGGAAGUACGGAAUCUAGUUAAAUCAGCAGGCCAAACCCUUAACAUAGAAACCUUCAGACGGGUUCCUCAAAAUGGCGUAGGAGUGCGACCACGUCUAGCUCAAGUGACCAUACCGUCCGUUGCCGAGUCCACCCCACCUCCCCCCAGGUCUCCGAGAGCUGCCCUAACGUCGCCAGCGGCUGCAAGACCGCCAACUGCCUGCUCAUCAACCAGCCAAUCCCUUGAUAGACGCAAACUGCAUCUUCCGCAAGUCACCUUCUCCAAAGAGACGCCCAAUCUCACCAUAGAUGGUCGAAAGAGAUCGUUACUUGCCGUGAUUGCACGGGAGCAGCAUUUUACCACAUGUCUCCAGUUUGGCUUAGUCAGAUUCGUGACACCACUAGCGGAAAGAGCUGAUUUGAUUGCACCAAGUGAUCAUCAAUUGCUGUUUCAAAAUAUUGAAGAGAUUUUUAGAUUAUCAGAAGAAAUCCUAGAGCAAGUUGUGCAGGACGAUGGUGAAAUCCAAACAUCUACUGUGGUCGCUGUAUAUUUACAAAAAACGUCAGUGUUCCUUAGUCUCUAUAAGAAAUAUUGUUUGGGAUUGAAAAGAGCUGACUGUGUGCUGGUGAAAAAAUCAAAAGACCCAAGCGGCGCUUUCUCAAGAUUUUGUACCAGUCCGCCCAUACCCAGAAGACGACCGGAUAUUACGUCGUUAGUGCAUAAACCAUUGGAACAGUUCCGGGAAUUAUUACGGCUGAUGCGAUCAGCCGCUGUUGCCAACGGCACAGGACCAUAUGACCAGCUGGAGAAACAGCAGCUUCAAGUUAUCGUUGAACAAUUACAGACUGCAUAUCAAGACGUCACUGCUGGAUCCGGUUUGAUGGGCUUAGCUGGUGAUGGAAAACCUCUUCUAUCAGUAGCUGAUCUUGAAAGUAGACUUGUGUUCACUAGAUGUAAGCCCUUUGUACUCAGCACAGGAGGAAGGCAGUGGAUAUUUGGCGGUGAACUCUCAAGGGUAGAAGGCAGAACUGUAAGGCCUUAUUGGGCCUUGCUCUUCAGCGAUCUACUCCUGUUUGCCACCGUCUCAAGAGAUCGGGUACUGUUCGUAACUGAAGAACCAGUAGCCUUGGCUACUGUGUCCGAAACCCAGUUCAAUGUUAGGAAAAAAGCCACGGAGUUCCGUCUCUCACUGGGUCGUGCGGGUGGUGAGAGCCCGUUGGUGUCAUGUUCCCCACGGACUCCCAGCAGGUCAAGGCCUAUUGUGCUUCGAGCACCUUCUAUAGACCUGAAGGCUGUGUGGCAGAGUUUAUUGCAGAGACAAAUUUCCCGCGCUCACACGAUGUCUGGUACGCCUUUGGGUUCACCUCUCGACUCUCCGGACCCUCAGCUUACCUUCAGUCUCGCAACGCUGGACUCCCAGCAACGACAGGUAUCGGCGACAAGCAUACAAAGGCAUUCCAGCCUAGCUCUCCUUCCAGCUAGCUCCUAUCGCUCGCACCUUAAUAUGCUGGUGGAGGAAAAGUCUGAAAAAGAAGUAAAAGUUAGCUUUGAUGUCAGCCCUUCUGAUUCCCCUCAGCCCAGACCAGUAAGAGGGCCUCUCAGUACUGUUUGGAAAACAGCUUCCACACCAGAGACUCCGUCUGCCAAUCUCUCCCCAGUAGAUUCUCAAACUUUUUCAUCGCAUUUUGUCUCAUCCUCUAGUAUCGAGAGAAAUGAUGAUGCCCCAUCCCCUAGUGCAUUAUUAACACCAGACGGGGCUGAAGACUAUUCAGAGCACUCUAUUUGCCCUUGGGAAUCUUUUGAAGCAGAUCUGGCGUUUGCCGAUUUGGACAUUGAUCCUUCAUAUAAACACGAUGUUGAGGAAAGGAUAUUUUUGCCUGAUGAUCCCCUCUUACCUCGUGUUGCUUUACCAGAACGGCCUACGCCCCCCGCAUAUUUAGAACUUUGA